GAUUUUGAGGCUGAGGCCCUCCCAGUCCCAGCCUAGAAAAACCCAAGGAGUCUUUUAUUAGAGUAGUAGCCUGGGGGAGAAACUUUGGAACGAGACACAGAUGGCAGCCACAACUAGAACAAAAAUACAUGUAGGAGGUUUGGGGCAGAGCGUUAGCAGCGAUGAUCUCCUGAAGAUUCUCUCCAACGUGGGAACGGUGGAAAGAUUGGAAAUCGUUAGGACCAAAGGCCGCAGCUUCGCAUACGUGGACGUCCUCCCAUCUUCCUCCAACUCCCUCUCCAAGCUUUUUAGCACGUAUAACGGAUGCGUGUGGAAAGGAGGUAAGCUGAAGCUGGAAAAGGCCAAAGAGCACUUUCUUACCCGCUUGAAACGGGAAUGGGCAGAGGCAGAAGCAGAAGCAGAAGAAGCACGCCAUCAACCCAUGCCAUCUUCUUCAGAUAACCCCAACAACAAAACCAAGGCUUACGUUUCCCAAAAUAACCAUAUUCGGAUUUUCUUUCCUAGAUUAUUGAAGGUCAAAUCAUUGCCACUCAGUGGGACUGGAAAGCAUAGAUACAGUUUCCAACGUGUCGAAACCCCUGCCCUCCCCAUCCAUUUUUGUGAUUGUGAAGAGCAUUCUGGUCAGUUUAAUGCUGUGAAACAAAAUGAAAACGAAGUUCAACAACACGAAGAAAUAAACUGUGCCAUGAAUGAGAAAGAGCUUAGUAUGAUGACCUCUGUAAUGAACAAGCUCUUUGAGAGGGGAAAUGUUUCUGACACUAGCAGGGCUGUCCUAGCUAAGGAAAGAGACAAUUUCAUCAAACCAGUUGAGGAUUCACUGUCUAACGAGGAGGAAGAUGAUGAUGAUGACAUCAUAAUUAAUGUUGUUUCUAUUUUAAAUAAUCGAGCAUCUAUGUCUGAGAACAGGGAUCAGGACAAAAUCUCCUCUGAGAAAACUAGACUUGGUAAAAACCAAAUUUCUAAGGAUGGAGCAAUUCAGAGUGAAGGCAAGGUGCGUAAAAGGAAUACUUUGCAUCCAAAAAAGAAGAGGAAACCACUUCCUAACAAAGAAGAUAAACAUGAACUUGCUUCUGUUUCACCUAAACAGAGGAGGAAUUCACAGUUCAAUGAGAGUGAAGCUGACUUUGAGGAAAAUGAAACGGAUGAAGACAACGUCAUAACUAAUGUUAUGUCCAUGGCAAACAAAGUAAUGCCUGUGUCAGGAAGCACGAAGCAUGCUAAGGUAUUAUCUAAACAGUUUAAAUCCAGUGAGACACAAACUUCUGAAGAUGGAUCAACUGAGAAUGAGCUCAAAGAGGAAAAAGAUCUUUUACUUCCUAAAAAGAAGAUGAAACCAUUUUUUGCUGAAGAAAGGGAUGGAAAUGAAGUUGUCUCUACUUUACCUGCAGAAAGGGGAAAUUUUCAAACCCAAUCAAGUGGAUCCCUUGUUGUUCAAACCACCGGACAAGAAAGUAGUCUCAAACGGUCGAGUAAUAGUUGUUCAUGGUCUCAAAAGUCUUCAUGGAGGGCACUUGUUGGAGAUAGAAGCAAUAGUGCAUUCAGUCUCUCCGAUAUUCUGCAAAAUGUUGAUACUACCAAGGAAAAACAACUCAUUUCUGAUGGUCCCAAUGUGAACAGCACUCCUGAUUGCAAGAAUGAGAAGUUGGCAACAUCUAAGAACUUGGAUGGCAUGUCUGGCAAUACAGAAAUAGCGAAUGUGCUAGCAGAAGCUCAGGGAAACCUACCUAACUCAGCUUCGAAUAAUUCAGGAAGAGGCUCUUCAUGGCUCCACAAGUCCUCAUGGAUGCAAUUGGUAAGUGAUAAGACCAAUUCUUUUAGUAUCUCAGAAAUUUUGCCAGGCACUACAAUACAAGAGCUUUCAAAGCCCAUCCGUGAGGAUGUGGUGCACUCCACCGAUGGCAAUAUAAUGGAAUGGCAUAAGACUGAGCCUAAAUUAGAUGCUUCUACAGCUUUAGGUGUUAGAAAGGAAGGAGACUUUGUACAGAGUAUUCCAGAAAACAACCAUCAAACUGUUGAAGACAAGAAGGAUGCUUCCUUCCCAGCAGUUGAGAAUAUAUGCAACCCAGAACCAAACAGAGGCUUUGGUAUAGAUACUAGAAUAGGCGAAACUUGUUCAUUUAUGAGAAGCUCUGCUUCAUUGAAAGAGUGGGUAAAAACUAAGAACGCCCUAUCACGCAAGAAAAAAAGGUGAUUCGAUAUGGUAGGUUCAUUUCAGCACUGACGUUCUGUUGAAAUGAUUUUGUUCUGAUUAUAGUAAGACAUUGUGUUCCAUAGAAAUAUACUUGAACCGUCAAAAAAGUAUCAGUCUGCUUUUCUUGUUAUAAAUGAAACCGAGAAGUUUUUAAUCAUUUUCACCUUUUAUUA